AUGAGCUCCCUCAAGAGAAAGGACGCUCCUGGCGUUCAGCCUUCACCCAAGAGAGGCAAGACAGGAGCAGCCUCGACACCCUCGAAGCAACCAAACAAGGCCGGAAAACCAUCCAAGGUCUCCGACGCCAAAUCGCCAAAGGACGCCCGGGCUAAAUCGCAAGACAAUGCCUCGACAAAAGCUGCACCCAAGACCGCCGUCAGCCGUCUCAAGGAGGAGGAGCCGCUUUUCCCGCGUGGAGGUGGAAGUAUCCUCUCGCCACUCGAACAGAAACAGAUUUCCGUUCAGGCCAAGCAGGACGUUUUGUUCGAGCAGGCCUCUGGCCAGGGCACGAAGAAGACAGGCAAGGCCGCCAAGAAGGGAAAGAAAAAUGGCAAGGACACCAAAGGCGGCAAGAAGGCAGAUGCGGCCACUGGCGGAGAAGCUGGAAUCCGGAUCGAGAGUCUCAACUACAAGCGCCUCGUCAAAGGAUCCCUCGUUCUUGCACAGAUUACAGACAUCAGCCCUUUGGAAUUGACUCUCGCGCUGCCAAACAACCUCAGCGGCAGUGUUCCUGUCACAGCCAUUUCCGACACUCUCAAUGAUCGGAUAGCAGCCGAGGCCGAAGGCGACGACGACAAUGACACCGAAACUCAGGACGGCGAUCAAGACGAUGGUGUCGACCUUACUAGCAUGUACAGCGUUGGACAAUACGUGCGAGCCUACGUGGCCUCGACUGUGGAAGAGACGACAGCCACCUCCAACAAGCCGCGGAAGCAUAUUCUAUUGUCGCUGCGCCCCGAGCACACCAAUGCCGGCCUGUCCAGCUCAGAUGUUGUCGCGAACACUACUGUCAUGGCCACCGUUAUGAGUGCCGAGGACCAUGGUUUUGUCAUGGAACUUGGUUUGGACGACUCGAGCCUACGGGGCUUCUUGCCGCGCAAGGAGCUAGACAGCAGGAUUCCAGAAGCGCGAAUGCAGCCGGGCAACGUUCUCCUUUGCUUGGUGACCAAGAUCGCCAACGGCAAGGUGGCUCAAUUGACCACAGCGGCGAACAAGCUUGGCAAGAUUCAGAACCACGCUGCCGAAGCGACCACCAUUAAUGCUUUCCUUCCUGGAUCGGCGGUCGAGUUGAUGGUGUCCGAGGUUGUUCCUCGUGGCAUCGCUGGAAAGGUCAUGGGCUCUCUGGACGUGACGUGCGACCUGUUGCACUCUGGUCUCGGUCCCCAAGCCGUCGACCUUGAGGCAAAGUUCAAGAUUGGGAAGAAGAUCAAGGCCAGGAUUAUCUGUAACUUUCCUAAUGCAAAGGAGCCCAAGCUAGGCAUCUCGCUCCUCGACCACGUCAUGACCAUGCAGCCAUUGACGACCACUUCGAAGAAGUCACCGACUGAGGUCCUGCCACUCUCCUCCAGGGUUGAGAAGUGCACAGUCACUAAAGUCGAGCCCGAAAUUGGUCUCUUUGUUGAUAUCGGCAUCCCUGGCCUGAGCGGUUUUGUCCAUAUCUCCCGAGUCAAAGACGGCAAGGUCGACAUGCUCUCCGCUACCACGGGUCCUUUCAAGACUGGUUCUGAACACGAAGGCCGUGUGGUUGGAUACAACGCCCUGGACGGCUUGUUCCAGCUCUCUUUCGAAAAGACGGUCUUAGAGCAGCCAUUCCUCCGCAUUGAGGAUGUUCCUGUUGGCGAAGUUGUUCACGGCCAGAUCGAGAAGCUCUCGAUCAACCAGGACGGUGUGGGUGGCCUGCUGGUCAAGCUCGCGGACGGCGUCAGUGGAUUUGUCCCUGAAGCUCACAUGGCCGAUGUGCGCCUUCAACACCCGGAGAAGAAGUUCCACCCGGGUCUGAAGGUGAAGGCGCGGGUGCUCUCCACUGAUAGCGUCAAGCGUCAGGUGCGAUUGACACUGAAGAAGACCUUGGUCAACUCUGACGCGCCUAUACUCAAGUCUUUCGAUGACGUGGUGGUCGGCAUGCAGACUCCUGGUACAAUCAUCAGUGUUCUGCAGAAUGGUGCUAUUGUCCAGUUCUACGGUGGUCUUAAAGGCUUUCUUCCCGUCUCUGAGAUGAGUGAAGCCUACAUCCGGGAUCCCAAGGAGCACUUCCGCGUUGGACAGGUCGUCAACAUUCACGUCCUCAAUUUCGAUGCCGACACAAGCAAGCUCAUUGUGUCGUGCAAGGACCCCUCUGCUUUUGGUCUCGACAAGCAGAAGGCGCUCAAGCAGCUUUCUGUUGGCGAUAUCGUCUCUGGCAAGGUCGUGCAGAAGACGGAAGAUGAUGUCUUUGUUGAGCUAGGGGAUGCUGGACUCAAGGCGAUGUUAUCUGUGUACCACUUGGCCGACCGUCCUUCCAAAGGAAAGUCCGCCAUCAAGACCAUCCGUGUCGGUCAGACCUUGUCCGAACUAGUCAUUUUGGACAAGAAUGAGGGCCGUCGUUACAUUGCCGUUUCCAGGAAACCAAGUCUCCUCCAAGCCUGCAAGGACGGACAGGCUCUCAAGUCCCUCGACGAUGCCAAGCCUGGUGCAGUCCGGCAGGGCUAUAUCAAGAACAUCACAGUGACUGCCGUCUUCGUCCAGUUCUUUGGCCAGCUCGUCGCUCUUCUCCCGAAGUCCAAGAUUGCUCCAGAAGACCAGAAGAAGACAGAUUUUGGGCUGCAGAAGCACCAGUCCAUCGAAGUCAUCAUCAGCUCGGUUGACAAGGACCUCGGCCGUAUCUUUGUGGCACCGGUAUCUUCGCCUCAAACUGAUGCCAAGCCCGUGGCUAAGAAGGCCGAUGCGACAACUGCACCAAAGGCCGAGAACCCUGUGGAUACCAGUGUUUCAUCUCUGGACGAUGUCGUCGUUGGCCAGGUGCUCAAGGCGAGGAUCGCCUCGAUCAAGAGCACUCAGUUGAAUAUGCGUCUGGCCGACAAUAUCCAAGGACGUGUCGACGUAUCUCAGGUCUUUGACUCCUGGAAGGAUAUUGACAACCCCAAGUCGCCCCUCAGCAAAUUCAAGGUCGACCAAGUUAUCCAGGUCCGGGUGUUGGGCGUCCACGAUGCUCGCAACCACAGAUUCCUCCCCAUCAGUCACCGUUCUUCACACAUGGUCUUUGAACUAUCAGCCAAGCCAAGCGAUGUUAACGGAGCAGAAUCACCAAUGGUGACCAUGUCCGACCUGAAGGUUGAUUCUGAACAGCUGGCCUUCGUGAAUAACAUCCAGCAACGAGCGCUCUGGGUCAGCUUGUCACCUAACGUGCGAGGCCGCAUCGCCUUCACCGAGAUAUCUGAUGAUGUAUCACAGCUGGAAAAUCUUUCUGCUAGUUUCCCCCUAGGUUCUGCUGUCCGGACACGCGUGGUCGCCGUAAAUCCGAGCGAGGGCCACCUCGACUUGACUGCUCGCUCUAGCAACUCAUCGCCAACUCUGACCUGGGACACUAUUAAGCAGAAUAUGGUGCUACCGGGCCGAGUAACCAAGGUCAACGAGCGCCAGGUCAUGGUGCAGCUCAGCGAGACUGUGUCUGGUCCCGUCCACCUCGCCGACCUGAGCGAUGACUUCGAGACCGCCAACACAACCACACACACAAAGAACUCCAUCAUCCGUGUGUCUGUUGUCAGCAUUGACAAGAGCAAUAAGAAGAUCCGCCUGUCAUCACGGCCAUCAAGAGUCUUGAACUCUGCACUUCCAGUCAAGGACUGCGAGGUUUCGAGCUUGUCACAAAUCAGCGCCGGCGACAUUGUCCGCGGCUUUGUCAAGAAUGUAGCGGACAAGGGUCUGUUUGUGGGUCUUGGCGGCGACGUCACGGCCAUGGUUCGCAUUUCUGAUCUAUCUGAUAAGUUCUUGAAGGAGUGGAAGGACCACUUCCAGGUCGAUCAGCUCGUGAAGGGCCGCGUCACGUCCGUUGACCCGGCCACUGGCUUCAUCCGCAUGAGUCUGAAGUCCUCCGUCGUAGACAAGGACUUCAAACCCCUGAUCAACUUCCACGAGCUCCGCGAGGGCCAGAUUGUCACAGGCACUGUCCGCAAGGUUGAAGAUUUUGGCGCUUUCAUCCUCAUUGACGGCUCUGCCAACAUCAGCGGCCUGUGCCAUCGGAGUGAGAUGGCUGAGAAGCCGGUUGAGGAUGCCACCAAGCUGUUUGCUGAGGGUGAUGCUGUCAAGGCCAUCAUCCUGAAGCUGGACAAGCAAAAGAAGCACAUCAACUUUGGACUCAAGCCUUCAUACUUUGAGGACGAGGAUAGCGAAAUGAGCGAAGAUGACGACGAGGACGCGGGUGCUGCACUGCUCGGCAGUGACGAUGAGGAUGAGGACGAGGGCUCUGAAGAGGAGGAUAGCGAUGACGACAGUGACAUGGUCGAAUUCACUGGCCUCGGCGGUGACGACUCAGACUCUGAAGAGGACGAGGACGAGGACGAGGAUGUCAUCAUGGCCAACGGUCAAGCCAAAGCUGUGGAAGCCCUGGAUGCUGGCGGCUUCGACUGGUCUGGCAACGCGCUUGACGAUGUCGACAUGGAAGACGCCGAGACCACUGGCGAUGGCGCCUCCGCACAAGACAGGAAGAAGAAGAAGAAGCGGAAGGCCACAAUCGAGGUCGACAAGAGUGGCGACCUGGACGCCUUUGGUCCGCGUACGGCCGUCGACUACGAGCAGUUGCUGAACCGACAGCCCAACUCUUCGGCGCUGUGGAUCGAAUACAUGGCGUUGCAGAUGCAGGUCAGCGAGAUCGCCAAGGCCCGCGAGGUCGCCGAGCGCGCCGUCAAAACAAUCAACAGCGCCGAGGAGACGGAGAAGCUCAACGCCUGGAUUGCCCACCUCAAUUUGGAGGUUCGCUUCGGCACCGACGAGACGGUCGAGGACGUCUUCACGCGCGCUGGCCAGGUCAACGACCAGCAGGAGGUGUACCAGCGGCUCGCGAGCAUCUACAUCCAAGAGGAGAAGAACGAGAAAGCCGACGAGCUCUUCCAAGCCCUGGUCAAGAAGUUCGGCGCCAGCUCGCCCGACGUCUGGAUCAAUUACGCGCACUGGCUGCACUCGUCACGCAACGAGCCCGAGAAGGCGCGCGCCCUUCUGCCCCGGGCGACCAAGGCCCUGCCCAACCACGCCCGGUUCCCGCUCAUGACCAAGUUCGCCACGCUCGAGUACACCUCGGCGCACCGGAACCCGGAGCUUGGGCGAACCAUGUUUGAGGGCUUGCUCGCCACCUUCCCUAAGCGCUUCGACUUGUGGAACCAGCUCCUGGACCACGAGGAUGUGCCCGGAGCAGACAAGGCCGUCGUCCGCGACAUCUUUGACCGGGCCACCCGGAUCAAGGGCCUCAAGCCCCGCGCCGCGAAGAAGUGGUUCAAGCGCUGGGCCGACUGGGAGGAGAAGAAUGGCGAUGCCAAGAGCAGAGAGAAGGUCAGCGCCAAGGCGGCCGAGUGGGUCAAGACGAGAGCUGCUGCUGCCGCUGCUGCUGGCGACGCGGAGGCGGAGGACGAUGAGUAA